AUAAACAAGAUAAAAAGCUUCAAGCCUUUCAAAUCAUGAGUCAAGGCGAACCCCAGCAAUUAUUGGGCAUAUGGUAUAUUGAGAUGCACGUUAUUGCAUAACGACUUUCCCAUCACCUUAUCUGUAGUAUUUCCACACAGUCGUCUCUGCAUAAUUUCUCAACAAAAGUGUAACUAUCUGUAUUGAAAUUUUUGGGACUGAAAGAAGAACAAAAAACAGGAAUGGUGGUUCAUACUUGUGUUGAUUCUGCUAUUGAACAGCUCUCAAAGCUGUUGGCUCUAUCCCGCUUGACUUCUACUAAUAUGGAGAAUCAAAUCAAGGGUCUUCUGCUGGAAUUAAAAUUUGUUAAAAUGUUCUUUUGCUGCUUGGAAACCUUCACGGCCGCUGACGAUCAAGAAACCAUGAGGGAUGGGUCUAUUGAGCUGAAAAGAGCUCAAGCUACACUAGAAGCAGCAAGCUCUGAAUUAUAUCAAGCUGGUUUUUUUGCAAGCUUUGGACUAGAUAUCGAAGACUGGCAAACUUUGGUGUCUAAUUUGCUACAAAUUGUUAAGGGCUUCAAGCCAGAGGUAAGAAAUAUUUGUUCUGGUGUUGUAGUUAAUCACUCUUGGAACUCAAAAUCAAAGCUUAGUUACACAAAUGAGGAGAUCCUUGAAUUCACGGAUUCCAUCCUUGUGAAUUUGGAGAGACUGUUAUCAGUUGUCACCGGCGAGAACAUUGUCCCUGAUGUGAAGAAGCAAAUGGAAGCCCUUGCAGCGAAGUUAAAGUUCACUAGAGAUUUCCUUGACUUCACCAUAAAAAGACGUGGGAGAUCAUAUGACGAACUUGAAGAUUUCUUGACAAUGUUUCAUGCUUGGACUAAAACUGCUGCCUGCUUGUCACUUCUGUAUUGGGUGGAGGUGGAUUCUACUGAUGAAAACAUGGCUCAUUGGAUGAAUGCUAUGCUUUCUGCUAGAGUACAAGAGAUAAUGCCGUCCACUCCAAGUGAUGUACAGAUGUAUCUUGGUCUCCUUAAAUCUUCAAAGAUAUCUCGAGGCGAUGCCCUUCUAGUGGAUGACAUCAUUGCAAGAUUUGUUGGAUUUCUACCCCUGGAAAAUCUUGUGGAUUGUGUCGAGAGGGAUGACAUUGUAGCCGUUCGUGAUGGGCUGAUUUUCUUGAUUUCAUUCCUCAUGGAUGCACCGAAGGAAUCACAGAGCGGAGCAGCCCGGAGAACUGUGUUCUUGAAACCAAUUGAAGCAGCCAGGAGAAAGGCGUUCUUGAGAAAAAUUGAAGCAGCCAUCAGUAAGUUAACAAAUCUCAUCUUCCUGAGAGACAAUUCUUUUAUUCCUUGGUUCCUGGAAAAGAUUCUCAAGAUAAUGAUUCAGGCCAAAAAGCAUCAUGUUCGGAUGCCAAAGUCAUCUGCGUCUAAUUGUCCCAAGACUGAUGGAAGGGGAUUUGUUCAUUCCCUCUUGAUAAAUCUGGAGGAAAUGAUGAAAAGCAAUGCUGCCAAUUUUAUCCUUUUUGCAAAACACAAAGUUGCGGCAAUCCAUAGGGAACUUCAUUCCCUUUCUCUUAUGCUUAAGGAUAUAAUGGAUUUGCAGAACGAGCAUAAGAGUCAGGAGUUAAAUGGUUUUUGGGCACAGACUAUUGAUGUGGCCUACCGGGCAGAAGGUGUCAUCCGCGCGUGUUCAAUUGUGGAUAGGCCUAUUUGGUAUCAUUUGAUAUGUCUUUCUGACGUCCUGGAAGGAAUCAAAGUUAUCAAAACUACAGUUGAAAAAAAGGUUAAAAGAGAGGAGCACACAUCAAGCAACAGAAGUUCUACUUCUAGCGCUGAGACAAGCGUCAAUCGAAUCCCAUUAUCAUCAAGAACUUAUAGUUUUGGAUCUUAUGAAGUUUUGGGCUUCAAUGAUGAGGCAGAUGCAGUUAUUAAUCUACUCAAAAGAGGAUCAAAUGAGCUUUCGGUUGUCUCCAUAGUCGGCAUGCCUGGAGUAGGUAAGACAACACUUGCGAGGAUAGCAUACAAUGAUCCUUCGGUUCAAUUGCACUUUCAUAAACUUGCAUGGUGUCCUGUUUCUGAAACAUACAGAAGUAGGGACUUGUUGCUUGACAUUGUCAACUGCAUUACUUCAGUUGAAGAUGUAGAUCUAUAUGAUAUGAGUGAUGAAGAUUUAACAGAUCUAAUCAGGAAAAGUUUAUUGCGACAGAGAUACCUUGUUGUUAUAGAUGAUAUCUGGGAGAUGGGAGCUUGGGAUUCUAUUAGACAGUCACUUCCAAGAGAUCGAAAUGGCAGCAGAAUUGUCUUAACAAGUCAAAAUCAUAAUCUAGCUUUGCAAACUGGUCUUGCUUACAAUACUCAUCUUCUUUCUCCUUUCACUGAUGAAAAAAGCUGGAAAUAUUUGGAAGAAAUGCUAUUCCACACCCACGGUUGCCCUGACAAUCUAUUAGAUGUUGCAAAGAAAAUUGCAAGGAAAUGUAAAGGACUACCUCUGGCGAUUGUUGCAAUUCUGGCUCUCCUUCAAAAGGAAGAGAGGAAUCUUGAUAUUUGGGGACGAAUUGAAGAAAACUCAAAUCCAGGCAUUGCUAGCAAAGGGUACAGGGAAAUUCUAGAACGAAGCUACAAGCAUUUACCUGACCAUUUGAAGCCUUGCUUUCUAUAUUUUGGUGCCUUUCAAGCUGGUAAGGCAAUUAGUGCCCAAAAGUUGACCUUGCUAUGGGUUGCAGAAGGAUUCAUGCGAACAACUGAAAUGGGGGGAAUGGAGAGCUUAGAAGUUUUGGCAAAUGACUACUUGAUGGAGCUCAUCAAUCGUAGCUUGGUAGAUGUCACUGAAAGAAGUUCUGAUGGUGGGAUAAAAGCAUGCCGACUUAAUGAUCUAUUGCACGAUUUCUGCCUGGAAAAAGCUCAAGAAGACAAGUUCUUGCACAUUGAUUGGUCUGAUAUUUCUCAUGGCUCCUCAAGUCGAGUAAAGCAUUACCCUUACCGGUUAAGCAUUCAUUCUAAAUGGGAAACUUUCGGUAAGCCAAAGCCUGUUGGUCAAUAUCUCUACUCACUACUGGUCUCCUCUGAAAUUAGAAGGAAUCAAUCCUAUUUAAAAUCUGUUGCCUUUCAGUAUUUUCAUAGCUUUAAACUCCUUCACAUCUUGAAUUUGGAAGGCAUCUACUUGGAUUUAUCUUUUCCUGAAGUAAUCAUAUCAAUGGUUCAUUUAAGAUACUUAGCAAUCCAAGGUAGUUUUACGGCAAUUCCAUCAUCAAUAGCCAAUCUUUGGAAUCUAAGAAGCAUUGCUGUGAAAGGAUUACAACCCUUGAUUUGUUUACCAGAAACAAUUUGGACGAUGAGAAAUUUGAAACAUGUGCAUGCAAGUGAAAAUGCUGUUAUCUCUCUGGAUGAUCUUGAGCUUGAGUAUUCAUCUAUGUUAGUGAGUAACAUGAAAACCUUUUCCACAUUAGCUCUUCAUCAUGUAGCAGAUCCUGAGAAGGUGUUAAGAAGGUUAAGUGGACUUCAGAAGCUCAAAUGUAUUGUUUCAUUAUCACAGCUGUGUUGUGAUAACGAGAAUCAGUUUCCAGCUUUGGCCUACCUAGAAAAUCUCCAGGCACUAACAUUGUAUACUCUCGGUUAUGAAGGUCUAGCGUCUUGCAGUUGGAUGCAGAAUCAAUUUCACACAUUUGCUUUUCCCUCAACUCUUAAGAAACUGACCGUGUAUAAAUUGGGACUGCCUUGGAGGGCAAUGUCAAUAAUCAGGCAGCUACCCAAACUCGAGGUUCUCAAAUUACGAGAAGAAGCUUUUAGGGGUAAAAGAUGGGACAUGACACCGGAGGAGGAGGAAUUUUGUAACCUCAAAUACCUGGAACUGUCAAAUUUAAACCUUCGACAAUGGUCUGUCGCCUAUGAUCCCUUCCCAUGCCUUGAACAACUUGUUGUGGGAGAUUGUUACAGACUCGUGGAGAUCCCCCAUUGUUUUGAAAGAGUUACAACCCUGCAGAUGAUUGAGUUGUGUCGAUGCAGCGAUAGAGUCAAAAGCUCGGCUGAGGUGAUCCUCAAAGAACAACGGGACUGGGGCAACUAUGAACUUGAACUUCUCAUCUCAGAUUCAUAGGAGAUGCUUGAAAUGGAAAUUCUCAGCCGAAGGUCCAGUUUGAUAAAACAAAACUUGUAAGAAACAUUUCUUCUUGUUCCAAUUCCAGAGCUGAGUGGCUCUGUUGAUUCAGGCAAUGGCAGGUGAGGGGCUGUGAAAUGAAACUGAAGUGGCAAAUCCAAAAAGUUAGUUUCCUGUUGAACAUGUAUGGUUCUGUUUUGGGCCUUUCCAAUCAUGCUUAACUUCUAUGAAGAGGCUAAUACAGAGCCUAAUACCAUUCAAUUCAAGAACGGUUCCACAAGAAUAAUAUUGAAGACUUACAAAGAGCCCCUAACACCAUUGAAUUCAAUCUUUUAUGACAGUUCUUGAAUUGAGUGAUAUUAGCCAUUAUGGGCUCUCAGUAGUUUUGUAACUUCUGCUGAUCUUGAUUUGUUUGCUGGAGGUUGUUUUUAUCAAGAUGUGCUAAAAUUAAAGAAAAAAAAAAUUAUAGCAGGAGAUCAACUUUUGGUACCAUAAUUUCAUAACAAGACUUGUUUAGUGACAAGUCUUCUCCAUUAUUAUGUAUAGUUAUAAAGCUCAAAAUUUAUGAUUGAAUGGAGCGAGAGAUGUUGUUUGUA